CAAAGGUUACGGGUCGGGUUAAGCUCAAGCAGACGGUUUUUAUUUUCACUUCCACAAGACUUGAACGACAACUGAAAAGACCACAGCAAAUUCAGCUCUCAGAGAAAUUCGAAAGCUGUAUUCCAGAAUUGGAUCUAAAGCUUAUCAGUUAUGUGGAAGCGUGGAAACAAAUCGAAACAGUAUAAUGGGCCUCCAAACCGUGUCGUUGCAUUUCUGGUUGUGUCUGUCACAUUAGUUAUCGUUGUUUACAUAUUGUUGUUUCACAACACUGAUCAGAAGCCAAAUCCAGUACUUGGACUUCGAAUGGAAAAGUGGAAUAGCUUCGAGUCAGUGGUGCAACUAUCUCCGACUAUAGAGUUCCGGAAUGGAACAGAUGUUAUAUGGCAAAUACCAGAUUCACCUAAAACAGUCCUCUUUCUGGCUCAUGGUUGUGAUGGUAGAGCUGCUAACUUUUGGGACAAGUCUAAUACCUGCCCAAACUGCGUUGGUUUGCCAGAAGAAAGACUAAUUGUUCUUCAUGCUCUUGCUAGAAAGUUUGCAGUUCUUACUAUUUCAAGUAAAGGGAGGUGCUGGGCUUUCGGGAAGGAAUUAAUUAUUGUUAAGGAUAUUAUCACAUGGUGGGUGAAGAAAAAUAAGCUUGAGAAACUUCCUCUUGUGGCUUUGGGCGCCUCUUCUGGGGGAUACUUUGUCUCUGUGCUUGCCACUGAGCUGAAGUUCAGUAGUAUUACACUAAUGAUUGCUGAAGGGAUGUUUAAUCAAAUAGAUAUAACAGAGAACUAUCCGCCUACCCUAUUUGUCCACAUGCCUAAAGAUCAAUUUAGGCAGAAAAAGAUAGCCGAGUAUAUGGAAGUUUUGAAAAAUAAUGGUGUUGAUGUUGAAGAGAUAGAGUCCAUGGAGUUUCCCUUGUCACCAUAUGUCUUAGCUAACAGAAUCCCAGGUCUUGAUCAGUCUGUUUCUGCUAAGCUCUUUGAACUCUUCCGCCAUGAGGGGUUUAUUGAUGAGAAUGGAUAUAUGAAGAACGAUGGCCGCAGAACACAUUGGAAAGAAGCUGCAAAAAAGAGUAAUAUCAUUUCUCCAGACAAGCAGCUAGCCCAUUACAUACAGGAGGAGUUAAAUCUUGCAUUCGCGUUCCAUGAAAUGACAAGCUUACACUGUGACAGAAUCUUUAAAUGGUUUGAAUCUCAUAUGAGGUGAAUAACAGUCAAAUCUUCGUCCACAAGAUGACAAGUAAGGCUUUGUUUCUAACUUUUGGUUCUAGGGUGGGAAGGAUUUGAAAGAAAAUGAAACACGACCUGUUAAGUUAUAUAUUGGAUCAAUCAGUGAUGAAGUCUGGCUUGGAGAAAGAGGCGUAUUGCAUUAGCUCAUCAAGCUAGGAAGGUCGAUUAUGCCAUGGAUUUUAGGUAAAUUUUGACUGUCCUUAAGAAAGAAGAAGAGUAUGUGCAAAUGUAUUUUUCUCUUACACAAUGUGGAAGUAAGAAUUGUAAUGUCACUGAUUUGAUGAGGUGCAAAUCGUAAAACAUUUAACCGGUAUAAAACAAUUGAAGCAGAUAUUCUGAUCAACUAUCACAACUUACUACAAAACAAGAAGUA